AUGAAUUUUCAUCCAAUGCAGGAGGUUCCCUUAUACCAGGUGCAUUCUCGAAGAGGUAGACAACCGAUGCAGUACGCGGAGCAAACUAGAGGAAUGCAGUUCAGAGAUUGGACCGAAGCUAGACCAUUAACAACUCAGAUGCACUGCGGGCGAGGAUGGACUGAUGCAACUGAGUCGGUCAAUGGAAUCAGGUGCUCUAGAUCUGUCGAGGAGACCAGCCAAUUUCCGGAGCAGAAUCAAGGAGGUGAACGCAUGCGUGCAUCCAGUUCUCCACGACAGCUGACUUUGAACAGGUCAGUAUACGUCCUCAAAUUAAGCCAAACGCAUAUCCCAUCGAACUAAUUCGAGGACUAGUUUAAAUUUUUCCCGAUUCUCUGGCCACGGGUAAGCAGUGCGUCAUGUUACACUUUGACUUGAUUGAAAUCGCAGUGGUUGGUUUUAAAUCUCUAAUGAGCAUGUGCAGUAAUGGCAAAAUCAUGACGUAGUUCAAUAGACAGUUUACUAUUACUACUGAUUUCUAUGAUCUUCGCUACCUAGUCACUUAUCUAUACGCUGAAAGGGUCAUUUAAAGAAAGCCAUGAAAUUCUAAGUAAACAUCCGGAAAUUACAGCAGUUACAGGUCAUAAUGACUUCCAUAAACACCGUACAAGCGUCAAAGUUUACUAUUUUUAGCCAGUAUAGCAUCCAAGUUUGUUAGCGACUGUUUCCAAUUUGUCUUUUUUCUAUCCCACAACUCAAAAACCGCCCUCACAAAUCCAACCAGUCAUCCUAAAGCCUAUUUGUCUCUACAGGUCAAGUCCACCAGAGCCUUUGUUAACUAAAGGUCAGAUCUGUGGUGGAAAUUAUACUUGGAAGAUAGAGAACUUCUCUCAGCUCCUCCAGGGUGAUAGUGAUGGAAUAAAAACAUCACUUGAUAGUCCUCCGAUUUACACUAGUUUGUGUGGAUACAAGUCCUUCAUGCGUAUCUACCCAAAAGGCGUUGAUGGUGGAGAUGGAGGUCAUAUUGGCCUGUUUGUUGGUAUGAUGAAGGGGGAUUUUGAUAACAGGCUCAAAUGGCCAUUUUGUGGACGAAUCUCCCUCUCCAUGUUGGAUCAAAGCAAUGAUGCUCACAGCCUCUGCAACGAUGUCAGUGGCACUUUCAUGGCCAACAGAAAUCUUGAAGCUUUUCAGAAACCCGCUGCCAACGGCCAAUACACCACCCUGUAUGGCUACGAAAAGUUUGCGCCCAUCGACACGGUUUGUAGCCCACAGUACUCUAAAGAUGAUGCAGUGAUGAUCAAUAUAAAUAUCGAGAUUCACAAAAAUUUCUAA